CAGCUGACGGUGAGCCAUCAUAAAGCCGCCGGCCGCCCCGCUCCUGCAUUGCAGUCGUCUCACUCCUCCAGUCGCCUCGUUUCAUCCUCAGCAGCGACAAAACAGCCCGUAGAAAACAGCGGAGUCAUGCUGCUGCUAACUCUGCUCUUCGUGUCCUCAGCUGUAGCGACACCUCUGUUGGGCACUGAGCAGUGUGCUCAUGGUCCCCCCUACUGGUGCCAGAAUGUAAAGACGGCCUCCCUGUGUGGAGCUGUGCCCCACUGCCAGCAGAAUGUGUGGAACCAGCCUCAGAUGAAAACAGUGCCGUGUGACCUGUGUAAGGAGGUGCUGACAGUGGUGGCGCAAAUACUUAAGGACAAUGCUACAGAGUCUGAGGUUCUUGGCUACCUGGAGAAGGCCUGUCAGCUCAUCCCUGACCAGGGUUUGACUGCAGAAUGCAAAGAGCUGGUGGAUGACUACUACCCCAUCCUCAUGGGAAUCCUCACAGGGGAACUGGAGGAUCCCGCCGUGGUGUGCGGAGCUAUGGGGCUCUGCAAGUCCCAGCAGUCGGCUCUGGGUGAGGUUCUGACCCACGAGCAGCUCGUGUCCAACGACAUACCUCAGGUCGACCUUUCCCAGCACGUGGCUCCCUUCCUGCUCAACGUCCCGGGACUCCUCUACCCCCAGGAGAGCUCCAAGCAGGAGGCCCCGAAAAACGAAGCUCCGAAGGAGGAGGGCGGUGAAGUGUGUCAGGACUGCAUCAAGCUCCUGACCGACGCCCAGGCAGCAGCCAAAGAGAACUCCUCCUUCGUCAACGCCAUGAUCCAGAAAAUUGAGAGCCAGUGUGACCAACUUGGACCCGGCAUGUCUGAUUUGUGCAAGCAGUACAUCAGCCAGUAUGCUCCACUUGUUGUCCAGCAGUUUUUGUCCAUGGAACAGGAUCCCAAGGAUAUCUGCAGCCUUGCUGGUUUCUGUGACUCUGUGCAGAAGGCCUUCCCCAUGCUGAAGCUGCAGCCUGCGCUCGCCGUGUCUGCUCCCAAAGUUUUGCCUGCUGCCAAACUCGUUCCUGCCACCAAGGUCGCCUCUGCUUCUGACAAGCUGCCCAAGGGACUGGUUCGUGUCCGUGAAUCCCCAGGCUGCGCCAUCUGUGAGUUUGUGAUGAAGCAGUUGGAGAGCAUGCUGGAGGACCAGACCACCGAGGAGGAAGUCAUUCAGGCCGUAGAGAAGGUGUGCACUUUCCUGCCCUCCACGCUGACCACGCAGUGUAAGGACCUGAUUGAGACGUACGGCCAGGCCAUCAUCGAGCUGCUGGUGCAGCAGGCUGACCCCAAGACCGUCUGCACGGUGCUGGCUCUCUGCAACGGCGCCAGCCGCGCCUUUGUUGUUCCCCUGGACAAGCCUCGCUUCAAGGAAGGAGGCUACUGUGACGUGUGUAAAAUGGCCGUGAACUACAUCGACGGCAUCCUGGAGCAGAACGCCACCGAAGAACAGAUCGAGGAGGCCGUGAGGAAAGUGUGCACCUUCCUGCCUGACGCUUACCGGAAAGAGUGCGACCAGUUGGUUGAACAGUACGAGCCGGUGCUCGUCCAGCUGCUGCUCCAGAUGCUGGACCCAGACUUUGUGUGCACGAAAUUGGGAGCGUGUCCUGAAGCCGUGCGCAGGCUGCUGGGGACGGAGCAGUGCGUCUGGGGACCGGCGUUCUGGUGCAAGAACAUGGAGACUGCAACUCGCUGCAAUGCUGUGAGUCACUGCAAGCGCCACGUGUGGGUAUAAAGGAAAGGCCACCGCGAACACCUCUGUAGGGAAAAUUACUGUAGAGCUGCUUCCCACUUUCAACUUUUUGUCCUUUCUUUUGAAUAGACUCAGAACUGCAAUCGAAGUUUGAAUUAACGUGGAAAGGGACCGGAUAUGUGACGUUUUUGUUUUCCUCUCCUGUUUUCGAGGGGGGAGGGUUGGUUGGGAGCAGUGAUUACACGUGGAGUUGACUUUAAGUUGGCUUAUUUGUCUUUGUGUUGACUUCUACAGAUUUGCAUUAUUGCAGACAUACUCGCCUGUAUUGGUUGUGUGGUUAAAAAAUAAGCAUAUUUGCAGUUUGCAUUUUUGUACUGUUGAAGCAUUAACAGGCUGUUCGGUGGGUUUAUUGACCUCCCUGGCUAAUUUUGCUUUAUUUCCCAUGGAGUGACCAUUUUAAUAUUUCACUGUGUUGUUAAGUUGCAAUACAUCUGGCAGUAUGCCUGACCCCUGGAAGAAUUUAUAUUUUGUAGACAGAUGGGUUUUUUUGUUAUUACGGGCUGAUAUGGAGGUGAUUGGUGUGAAAAUACCUCCUUGUUGUUUGCACUCUUGCUACUGUUCAUAAAUCAAUAUGACUAUAACACAAACCGCAUCUGAUUCAAAUGUCUGCUUCGAACCUGUCGAAAUGCCAGUUGAUCUGUGAACAUUUUAACAAUAAAAGUGAUCUGAACCACUU